AGCGACCUCUCUAGUGCAGACAUGGCGGGCGCAGCGGACGACGUGAUAGCUCAGGUCAACGAGACGCUCAAAGAAGCCGUCAAAAAUGAAACUACCAAGUUCCAGCCGACUCCCGCAGGUCAGGCAGUCGCCUACACCAGCAUCAUGCUUAUGGCUUUCUUCCCCAUCGUCUUGGGCGCUUUCAAAUCCGUCACACACCAGCGGAAACAAAAGGAGUCUGGCGAAAAGCCCGAAACCAUGACGAGGAAGGAUGCUGCCAUGUUUCCAGUCAUAGCCAGCGGAGCACUGUUUGGCUUGUACAUAUUCUUCAAGCUGUUCUCAAAAGAAUACAUCAACCUCCUGCUCACGGGAUACUUCUUUUUACUUGGAGUAUUAGCUCUCGCUCACAUAUUGAGCCCGGCGUUCAGCCGCGUCCUGCGAAGUCUGCUGCCCAGUCACUUUUAUCGCUGGGAGUACAGGAUCUCCUUCCAGCGGUGGUCGACGACACAGACUGAUGAGUGCGAAGAGUACUUUGACUACCGCUUCAGCUACGACGACAUAGCCUGUUGGAUCUUCUGCUGCUUAUUUGGAGUCUGGUAUCUCUGGAAAAAGCACUGGGUGGCCAACAACCUCUUCGGCCUGGCCUUUGCCAUCAACGGCGUCGAGCUGCUGCACAUCAACACAGUGUCCACUGGCUGCACAUUGCUGGGCGGCCUCUUUGUCUACGACAUCUUCUGGGUCUUUGGCACUGACGUCAUGGUAACCGUUGCCAAGUCUUUCGAAGCACCCAUCAAAUUGGUGUUCCCCCAAGAUUUCUUGGAGAGUGGGUUUGCAGGCAGACACUUUGCCAUGCUUGGCCUGGGCGACAUCGUCAUUCCUGGCAUCUUCAUUGCCCUGCUGUUGCGGUUUGACUACAGCCUCAAAAGGCAAAGGAAUCUUUACUUUGUGAGCAGCUUCGUCGCGUACGUGCUGGGUCUGGCGUUGACCAUCUUCAUCAUGAUCUAUUUCAACCAUGCGCAGCCAGCUCUCCUGUACCUGGUACCAGCGUGCAUAGGCGUGCCACUGAGCGUUGCACUCGUCAUGGGUGACAUCACGGCCAUGUUCAAGUAUGAAGACCACCCUGCUGAGGAAAAGGCCUCGGGCACUGAUGAGCGGCGGGAGCACGAAACUGAAAGUGACAGUGACCAGAAAACACCCAAGGCUUCGCCAGUGUCUGCAAAAAAAAAUACUAGGAAAGACAAGUAAAGUGGAUCAUCGAACUAGGAAAACAGGGCCAUGGAAAACGCUUUGGAAGCUGUAUUUAAUUGAGGACACUCUUUUCAAAGUUUCAGCGGUGCAGGAAGUGUGGCCACCGCAAGUUGUUGUGCUGACACAUUUCAAAUCACAGAGGAAAGGGAAUCGAGACUAAAGUUUGCUGAGCGGUUGCAGUAGGAAUAUUUUGGGGAUUCAGUUCGUUCGACCAGGUUUGUUUCCAUCGACACGUGGGAGCAUGUGCUUCGAUGCAGACAGGAUGCCACGUGCAGCAAGUGUCCCUGUGCAUGGCAGUUUUGUGAAAUCAUUGGUUGUGGAACCAACUUGUGAAGCUGAAAUUGCCCUUAAGAGGGGUUUGUUUUAGCUGAAAGGUCCUGGCAUUUGGUUAAAUGAUUGGAAACGUGUGGCAAUCUUUGCCUUAGUUAGUUGUAUCCUUAUUUGCAUUCUUUUUUUUUUUCGCGUUCUGGAAGAUUCUACGCUUUGUAAGGCCCGGUCUCGACAACUGUUUGUGUGUUCUGUUUUACGCCAUUCUGUUGACCUAGCAGCUGAUGAGAGGCUGUUAUAAGCAGAGCCAUAUCUGAAGCUAAGGAGACAGGUCUCAAAGCCUGAACACUGCUAAAUAUGCAUUUGGCUCAUAAGAUAAUUUAUUAAGACAUUCAGGCUCAGUGAAAAUAAAUUCCAUGAUGAAUUUGGCUUGUCCACAUGUCUGUGAAAGCAUUCAUUUCAUAAACAAUAUGUGUUCCAUCGAAACAUGAGUAUUUCGACAAGUCCGUCAUCUCUAGGUCGAAUUUGUGUUCUCGGUGCAUUGUGUUUACCGUUCAUAAAUAAAAUACGAUUUCGUUGUGGAACAGAAUAUUUUUGUACCUCAGUCCAGAGUCUAAAUGAAACCAGAGGUUGGAAUAAUUGAUGGACAUUGUUGUCUUAUUACUUGAUUUUGUAAGAAAAAAAGAGGGUGAUGGUACCACUUGUCUUUUUUGGUUGUGUGCUUUCCGGCCAAAGAGAAUAAAAGAUCUUUCACACCUG